GUUUUUUCAACUAUUUACAUUUGGUUCGGGUUUUCUACAUGUGACUUUGGUGAAAGAUUUAGUCUAAUACAAACUACAUUUAAUCGAGAUUCAUGAAACGAAAGGACUUCCGAAACUGCUCUUGCUCAAUUUUCCGAGCCGUCUGGGAGAACACUGUCCCCAAAAGGAAGAAGUAUGUUCCUAUGAAGCCUCCUCAGACUAAGGUGGUUGUCCACUACAACUCACAUACAGAUACUUGCACCUGGUAUGAUCAUUGUAUGGAGAUGAUGCGACAAUUGUACAAGAAAUACCAGGAUCUAGGAUUCGAGGACAUACCCUACAAUUUUGUAGUGGGAGCGGACGGUGAAGCAUAUUGUGCUAGAGGGUGGAAGAGACAGUCUGACCCAAGUCUCCCGUACCCGGAGUUGGUAGGAAGCAAGAUAGACAUUCUGUUGUUUGGAGACUGGUCAGACACGAUUCCUCCCAAACGAAUGCGGAAAACGCUUGCAUCCUUCAUUGACUACGGAAUCGAGUAUGGUAGAAUAACCAAGGACUACGAUUUGCUCAUCGUAGACAAUAACUUAUGGGAUGAAUAUACAGCGAAACAUUCGAAUAUAGUAAACAAUAUUAAGUGA